ACCUAACCCAGCUCGGUGCGGGGCCGCUGCGGCAGGACAGCGCAGGACCAGGACGGCACAGAUGAGCAAGAACAUGGCGUUCUGAACCUUGGCACAGUGGGAGAACCUGGGCUGAAGUACAGUCCAUUGUUUACGCUGCAGGGGCCUGUGUGUGCCCUGGAAAGUGCUGCCCGUUCACAUGGACCCCAUAGAGCUGAGAGACGUCAACGUCCCUGACGAGGAGAGUUCCAGUGGAGGCAGUGGACAGGAUGGCUAUGGCACAGUAGGGAAGUCUGAGAAGACUGUGAUGAGCAGUCAGUUCACCAACAUGGAUGCUGAGAGCCAGAAGUUCCUGACAAACGGGUUUCUGGGGGAGAAGACACUGGUGGACUAUGGUGACGAACACCACCCGGGAACCACGCCCUUCGGGAUGUCCUCCUUCAACCUGAGCAACGCCAUCAUGGGCAGCGGGAUCCUGGGCCUGUCCUACGCCAUGGCCAACACGGGCAUCCUGCUUUUCAUAAUCUUGCUGCUCACAGUGGCAGUCCUGUCCUUGUACUCGGUUCACCUGUUACUGAAGACGGCCAAGGAGGGAGGGUCUUUAAUUUAUGAGAGAUUAGGGGAAAAAGCCUUUGGCUGGCCUGGGAAGAUCGGAGCUUUUGUUUCCAUCACGCUGCAAAACAUGGGAGCCAUGUCCAGCUACCUAUUUAUCAUCAAAUACGAGCUACCCGAAGUAAUCCAAGUGUUCCUGGGACUGGAAGAGAACACCGGGCAGUGGUACCUCAACGGAAACUACUUGGUGAUCCUUGUGUCCGUGGCUGUGAUUCUCCCACUCUCACUCCUGAAGAAUUUAGGCUACCUGGGCUACACCAGUGGAUUCUCUCUCAGCUGCAUGGUGUUCUUUGUCAGUGUGGUGAUAUACAAGAAAUUCCAGAUUCCCUGCCCCCUGCCCAACCUGGGUCCAAGCACAGGAAACCUGACCUUCAAUGGCACGGCGCUGGCACACGUGGUCCUGCUGCCCAAUGGAUCCGAGAGCACCAACGUGAACUUCCUGGGCGACCUCACCCAGCACGGACCUGCGGAGCUGACAGAGAGCCAGGCCAGGGGCAGCGGCGUGGAGUUCGAAGCCCAGAGCGACUCCAAGUGCCAGCCCAAGUACUUUGUGUUCAACUCCCGGACAGCCUACGCGAUUCCCAUCCUGGCAUUUGCCUUUGUGUGCCACCCCGAGGUCCUGCCCAUCUACAGUGAGCUCAGAGACCGGUCACGGAGGAAGAUGCAGACAGUGUCCAAUGUGUCCAUCACAGGGAUGCUGGUCAUGUACCUGCUGGCAGCCCUCUUCGGGUACCUGACCUUCUAUGGGGAAGUGGAAGAUGAGCUCCUGCAUGGCUACAGCAAAGUGUACACCUUCGACACCCUGCUUCUCAUGGUGCGCCUGGCCGUGCUGGUGGCUGUGACCCUGACUGUGCCCAUCGUCCUGUUCCCGAUCCGCACCUCGGUCACCACGAUGCUGUUCCCCCAGAGGCCGUUCCGCUGGGCACGGCACUUUGUGAUUGCGGCCGUGAUUAUCACUGUCAACAACAUUCUGGUCAUCCUGGUGCCCACCAUCAAAUACAUCUUUGGAUUCAUAGGGGCAUCCUCAGCCACGAUGCUGAUUUUCAUUCUCCCAGCAGCGUUCUAUCUGAGACUUGUCAAGAAGGAGCCACUGCGCUCACCCCAGAAGGUCGGGGCCGUCAUCUUCCUGGCGACCGGCAUCAUCUUCAUGAUCGGCAGCAUGGCCCUCAUCAUCAUCGACUGGGUCUACAACCCUCCCAGCCCCAAGCAUCACUAG